AUGCCUCCAUGUUCUUUAGCUUCUUACCUCUUCUCUUACUCACAUAAAUGUCUCGCGAUUCUAGUGGAUGAUAUGGCUGCUGAGAGAGUCACGUGUGCAGUGAAUGAGCUGAUCAAAGAGGCGGUGCUGGCAGCAGUGAGAGAGGAGCUGGCUGCACACAAGGAGGAGGUGGAUGAGCUGCGGCGCACAUUGCUUGCUGCGGGGGACCAGAGUAACGCGACUGCUGUGGUGGAGAGGGAGAGAGAGUUUGCAAUUGUGAAGGGGGAGUUGGCAGCGGUGAGGGCGGAGUUGGAAGCGGUGAAGGAGGAGUUGGAGGCGGUGAAGGGGGAGUUGGCGAAAUACAAGGACGCUAUGGCAGAGCAACGGGCUGAAAGUAGUAGAGCAUCGGGUGUAAGGGGGCUGGGAGGGAGGAGUAAGAAGAGAAAGCAAGAAACGUCAGUGGAGUUUGGAAGGGAGGAGGAGAGGAAGGAGGUGCAGGGAUUGGAUCGGCCGUGUUCCAGGGAGGAAUCGGCAGCGUGCAAGGAGCAGCAAGCAAUAAAAGAUCUGAUGCUGAAUGUAGAGCUGGAAAUCAGGCAGAGUGAAGGCGAUCAAAAGAAAGCAUUGGAGGUGAGUGCUUGUUGUUACUUCCUGUCUCCAUAG